AUGGCCGGGCUUACCAUUCCACCUUCACCCCCUUCAUCUACCACAGGAGCGUCCAGGCUCGAGGCUCGCGCCAAGGAAAUAGUAGGAAAGAUAUUUGGUAUUGCCGUGGACGGAGUCGAACGCGCCCCAAUUCUGGACUACAACGCAAAUACCAUCUCAUAUGAAGUCUACUUCCUCCAGACAAUGUGGAGCCUACGUGAUGCUCCCAAGCAGCACGGAGUGGUGCGCAUGCCGUCGGGCUCGAGACAGUUAGUCAUACAGUUCAAAAUCCCCGAAGGAAACAUGGACCAGGGCCGUUGGGCGGAGAACAAAGUCGCUGCAAUGUAUACUGCGCGAACGAUUCUGUACAACACCCUCUAUCUUCACACUGUGCCUGAGGUAUAUGCGUGGAGUGACGGAAGCGAUGAUGAAUACAACAACGCUUGGAUUAUCCAUAGCUCUCAUCCGCCCGGGGACGCCCCACUCAAGCAAUCCUUUUAUGAAAUGUCCGCGGAGCAUCAGAGCGAGAUUUUGGGCCAGAUUGCGACAAUACAUAAACUCUUCCAAUCCUAUGAUCACAUGAUUGUAUGUCAGGGAUACGGGGGCUUCGGGUUUUCAGAGGAAGGAUACGUUCGCUCUGGAGAGGCCCUUAUGACUGGCGUCGGAGGUCCGUUUCCCAAUCUGGGGAGUUAUCUCACAGAGAUGUUGAGGAGAGAUCUGAGACGGGCGGAAGAGCGACAGGACAUCGAAGGCUGGCGGAAAAGCCCAGAGUUGAGAAGCAGGCUUGAGGAAUUCGUUGAGCAGUCUGUCAAAGAUGUAGUGACUGAAAUACCUGAGUAUCACCCAACAUUUACAUUGAACAGGAUCGAACUGGGGAAUUUCCUCGUCUCACAAAGACCCGAUCAGUCACCAAUCAUAUCCUACAUCCUCAAUUGGAACUAUGCCUCCCUCGGCCAUCCUCUGGAGGAGUUCAUAUACUCCUAUAACAGCUUGCACGGCGCGCUCUUGUUUCCCAUGGAUAGUGACAGUCUUGUCAUGUCUCGAUGCAUACUGGAAGGAUUUCCAGAUGGAGACGUGGAAAUUGAUCUGAGAGAUCUGGACAACUAUGCAUACUACGAUGACGGUAUGAGCGCACAAUCCCAAUAUAACUUAGCAAGGAAUCUAUAUGAGGCUCUGCAGAUUGCAGAGGUGGACAGGCCACAAGAUAUAGAGGGGGCAAAGAAGUUGGUCGUAUUCCUUGGCUUCUGUGCGGCCGUCGGCGGGAGAGGAUUGUACCGUGAUGAUCCAGCAUCCAAUGCCGACCCGGAUGAGGUUUAUCAGGACAAAGCGAAACAGGUGGAGGAAUACAUGAAGCUCCUUGGUUAUUGGUAG